AAAGCAGGUGAACAAGUUCGUACAAUGACAGUGGAUACUGUUAAAAACACUUUUUGGGUUUAUACAGAUUCAUCGAUAUUUGAACUUAUUAUAAAUAAAGAGGAUAGAGAUGUAUGGAAGUUAUAUUUGGAAAAACAAAAGUUUGAUAUAGCAUUGAAAUACUGUAAGAAUCAAGCUCAAUGCGACAAAGUUUUAACUACACAAGCAGAUUAUUAUUUCUCACAAGGACAAUUCACACAAUCUGCCAAUUAUUAUGCCCAAUCUACUGUGCCAUUUGAAGAGGUGGCACUUAAAUUUAUUGAAUGUGAUCAAAGAGAUGCUUUAAGAACUUAUUUAUUGAAUAAACUGAAUAAGUUAAGACGAAUGGAUCUGACUCAAAAAACAAUGAUUUCAACUUGGCUUGUUGAAAUAUAUUUAAACAAACUUAAUAUGUUAGAAGAUUCUUCAACCUUAUCAAGUGUUGGAUUUGAGGAUUCACACUUAGAUCGACCUACAACAUAUAAUCUUAUUGCUAGUCAUGGACAUGUGAAAGAAUUGCUUUUCUAUGCUACUUUAAUAGGUGAUUAUGAAAAAUUCAUUUCACAUUGGAUUUAUGAAUCUGAUUAUAAACAAGCUUUAGAUGUGUUGAGUAAAGAGGCUUCUAAUGAUACAUUCUAUAAAUUUGCACCAAUAUUAAUGGAACAUGCACCAUAUGAAACUGUUAAUGUCUGGAUGCGACAACCAAAUCUUAAUCCAAGAAAUCUAAUGCCAGCAUUAUUGAAAUAUGAUCACUCAAAUGCACCAGAAAAUGUCACACAAAACCAAGCUAUAAGAUAUUUACAAUAUGUG